CUUUUUUUUUUUGCAGGAAACCGCUGUCACACCCUUUAGGUCCUUUUUUUAUAAGAAAAUUAAAUUCUAAGGGCUACCUUGUGCUCCACCUUGAAUGUGCGGCAACUAGUAUUGCCUACACAUAAAUUUCCCCAAUCUAACACACAGGUAUUGCAAUGACUAUCAAUUUGUGGGAAAGGCUGACACAACCGGCACUUCUAUUCGUUUCUUGGUACAAAGGAUGAGGCUUCUCGUUAAGUUGCUGCCACAACCAUAGUUGAUAUAUAAAAGAACAACACACAACGGUCUUUUCAUCUAAAAUUGGCUGCACAAACAAUAUUAAUUUAUUUCGAAACUUUGAAGAUCAAGCCGGCACUCAAUGGCGGUUACUGCACAACUACUAAAGCUCUUUUCUGCAUACAGCCUUUUAUAGGGCAGUGAAUUUUCCACCAUUUUCCUCAACUUUCCACGACAUUUUGGGUAACAUACACAUCAACGAAUCACCAUUAUUUUGUUUGCAUCUACACUGACGAUACUACCCUCACUAAAUGGCUGACGACUACCCGCGUUAAUAAAAACAGCAUUAAAUUUCCCACUGAACAAUAUCUUAUUUCGAUUUGAUAUGGCAACGCUUGUCGUUUUCCACAAAGGGAUCCAACAUUAUUAUUAAUUUUCUAUCUUUUACACCAUAACCAUAGCGGGAAUUCUGCUCUGGCUCUGGUGCGCCGCCACCAUUUUGAAUAUCGCCGCCUUUGAGUGACUCGUCCACGCAACAAAACAUCGAACAUUGCUGAGGAUAUUUCGCAAGGGGCGAUGUGCGUGAUGCUAAAUUCAUAACGUGGGGAACUCCCACACCCUGGAGUCUCCAAGCCGGGCAUGGAUUCCCUGGUAUAAACAUUCCAAUACCCCUCAAAGUUCGAUGAAAAACGGUAAAUAUUACCGGCUUCCGCAAUCAUUAUACUUGGUGUCCAGGUUAAAGGCAUGCUGGCCACGUUGCUUUACAUCAAUAUAUCCUGACAGCAACAAGUUUGACCGUGGCAUCACGAUAUAUUUUUGGUGCUUGCAAACAAAGAAAAUGGCCGGGCUCAACUUGGUAUGUCCCAUCUGCACGGAUGAAUUUCAAAUGCAGGAUGAUGUGUAUAGCACCAACUGCGGUCACCUCUACCAUUUCAGCUGCAUGCAGCAAUGGAGAAGCCGGUCAACCAUUUGCCCUCAGUGUCGGCAUCAGAAUCCUUCCACACAUAAAAUAUUCCUACUUGGCAAUUCGACACCCACUCCAUCUCCCCCUAAAGAACAUUUAGAGGACUUGAAGAUGAAAUUGGAAUCCAGUAUCGAUAAAAUAAAUGAAUUGCAAUCCCAACUUGAUCUGACUGAGGUAAAUUUCCUUCAUAUGCAAGAGCAGUUUACCAAAGAACGAGAAAUAAAACAAAGCAUUGAACGAAAACUGGCAGAAUACAAAAACAACGACGACAACUUUUUGAGUCUACAUGCUCAGUAUUCAGAAUCAGAGGAGCGUAUAAAAGUACUGCUGGAAGAAAAUGAUCGCUUAGCGGUGGAUAUUAGAUGCAAAUCAGAUGAGAUCGAAUCCAAAAAUGUCGAAAUUUGUAUGUUGAAAAAGCAGAUGGAUACCGCACUUCAAGUUUACCAAGUCGACAAUGGUAAUGGGAGUUCUCGUAUUAAAUUUCUAGAACAGCAAAAUGAUCUUUUAUCGAAAGAACUCGCUCGGAAAACUAAAGAAAUGUUGGAACAGAAAGAUAAAAAUCCCGCAUCGUCAGAAAUAGUCGUAAAAUCAUUAAAGCAGAAACUACAGCUUAUCACAGAACAACUGGAAAAAGAAAUUACUACAAGCACACAGCUUGCUAUAGAUAAAAUAAAUUUACAAAGUCAAAUUCAACGUAUGCAACUGCAAUCGAACAAUAACGAGCAGACCACCAAUACACCACAAAAACUGCGAACGGGUACUAAAAAGAAGGAACCCAAUACAGACAGGCUUGACAUUACUUCGACUGUUCCAGCGAGUGAAGAGUGCGUUCAGGAUAACGAACCGAAUAGUGGUGUGGUGCUUCAAAAAUUUCCCUAUAGAGAAAUUCGAUAUCCUUUGGAAGAAUUAAUAGUAUCAAUUGGAUCAAAAAUGAAUAUACAUCUACAAGCAGAGGAUGUUUUAAGAGUGAGGAUUUUAGAUAAAUUUACACCAAAAAAAUUGCCUACAACUGUUUGCAUUCAUGUAGUUUUUAGAAAAAACAGUCUAAAGCAUUGUUUUAUUGCUCAACAACAGUUGUUGAGACCUUUCUUCGGAGGUAUCGCCAUAAAGGAAUUCGUUGAUCGAGAAAUACAUGCGCUAUUCUUGUAUGCUAUAAGAAACCUACGUGGUGUAGCCUUUGAUACGAUUACAAUAAGUAAUAAUGUAGUUACAGCAAAAAAGAAAUCACAGGACGAGAAUGGUGUAGUUAUUAAUAGCAGAGAACAAGUUAAUGAACUGCGCAAUAAGGCAUUACAGCUAUCAAAUAAGAACGUGCAAAAUCAAAUUUCUGAUAAAAUAGUUAUCGAUGAAAACUAUUACAAGAUUAACGCUAUAAAGCUGGAUAGCAGAGAACAAGUUAAUGAACUGCGCAAUAAGGCAUUACAGCUAUCAAAUAAGAACGUGCAAAAUCGAAUUUCUGAUAAAAUAGUUAUCGAUGAAAACUAUUACAAGAUUAACGUAUAAAGCUGGAUUGUUUUUCUUUUUUGUAAUUUUCUAUUAAAAACAUAUAUACAUAUA